UCCACAUCAUUAUUAAGUUUGAAGCAGAGACGGAGAAAAAAGAAACUGUAAAAAUAAACAAACAAACAAAUCCGAAUAAAAACUCUGAGUAUGCGUGAGCGCGGCGAAUAUUAAAAUUAACAAUAUUUUACACUUGAUCUUUCGACGACAACAAAUUAACAGACAAGUGAGCGUAUGAGUAAUUGUAUUUGUGCAAAUCCAUGAAUUUCUUUACAUUCAAGCUCACAAUGUUGUGAGUGUAUGAGUGGGUUGUAUGGCAAAAGCAAUUUAAUGAUUGGUUAUUGAGAAGAGGUUGUUGUUAUUGUUUCCUCUGUCAAUUACACACACUGUAAUGAGAUAUUUCUAUAUUUACACGUGUGUAUUAACGUUUGGGUGAGAGUGUAUUAUUAUUAAUUUAUCACAUAUAAAUAUAUCUAUCUAUACGAUACAAUAUUAUUAAUGUAGCCGAAGUAACAGCAAGAAAAACAACAACAAUCAGAAAGAGCAGCAGCAGUACGUUUAAACGAUUAGUUUUGCCAACAACACUCAUUAGCCGAAGACUUUUAUAAGACUGGGUUUAGUAACACUUUUGUAUUAAUAUCAAUUUGGUUGUCAAACAAUAAACACUUCAAUACAAAAAUAAAAUACAAAUUAUAAAAGAAAAGUAGAAAAAGUUAAGAAAAUUAAAAAAAACAAGAAGUGAUAAAUAGUUAAAACUAAUAAUUAAAAGAAAUAAUUAAAUGUAAAAAAGUCAAGUUUUCAAAUACAAACUAAGAAUUAAGCAAAAGUUAAAAAGUAUUCGACAAAAAUUGUUAAACAGUAUUAUUUAUAAUAAUAUAAACAAAAACAAAAAAGUAUUACUUAAAAGUAUUAUAUACAAAUAAACUAUAAACGUACUUAAAUCCAAAUCACACAAACACAAAAAAAUGGAAUAUAUUUAUCCUGAAAUUGCAUUAAAACAGCCAAAGGCUGAUCCACGUACAGUGUUGUUAAAUAAAAGAAAUUUUAUAGAAUCCUCAUCAGAUCAUAUACAGGAGUUCCAUAGAAAUUCACUAAAUAAUAAUACAACAACAGAAAAUUGUGAUAAUUCAAAAAAUAUAUUUAAAAAUACCACAGCCACAACAACAAAUGCUCAAAUAUGUUCUACAGCAACAGCAUUGUUAGUGUCAAAAACGUACUUAAAAUCAGUAUCUUCAAUAUCCUCAACAUUAUUAUCAUCUUCAUCAUCUGCAUUAUCGUCGUCGUUGUCUUCGCUAUUAUCCUCAACGGAGUCUUCGUCGUCGUGCUCGUCUUCAUCAUCAUUAUUAUCUACUAUUUUAGUUAAAUUUUCAAAAUCCUGCCAUUUUAAUGCUAGUUUUAAUAAUAAUAAUACUUAUUAUUUAUACAAAACACAAAAGACAACAAAAUUAAUCUUUUUCCUAUUACUUCUUUGGUGUGCCAUAUUAAUACAAACAACCCAAGCAUUGCCUGCGCGUCGUGUUGCAACGUCCGGACGAAAACUUAUAUUACACACAAAUGUCUACAGAGAACGUUAUCAUCAGAAGCUAUUAGAAGAACAAAGACAACACAAUCUGCAACAGCAAAAACUACAAUUACAACUACUAGAACAGCAGCAACAGAGACAAAGACAACAGCAAACACUACCACUACAUCCCCUUACAAUACAUCAUCACCAUCAUCAACAACAACAACAGCAGUUGCAGCAACAACAGCCUCAACAAGUACAAAAAAAUCAUAUAUUUUCACCGGGUCAAACAUUAAGAAGACAUCCUCAACCACAGCCCCAUCAUCGUCAUCAUUUACAUCAACGUGCUGCACCGCCAUCACAUCACAAAAUGAGUGUUUGCAAGGACGACGUUAUCUAUGAACAAUUACAUAGGCAAAUGAAUGCCUCCGUAUCGUACAUAAAAAAUCUAUGUGCCAGCUAUUUGAAAGAACGUGGCAAUGAGACUUUUGAGGGUAUGUCGGAAACAUGGAAACUAAUUAGUUUGGAAACCAGAAAUCCAAAUCGUAAAGCAGUUCCAGUUGAAAAUAUGCUUCACAAAGAAAUUGUUGAAUUUUAUCUCAAUCUUCACAAUUUUGAUCAACUUAUCGACUAUGCAUCGCAGGAUACAAACAAAAAUAAAACUAAAAUUGAACAUGGUGAAGAAAUUAACAUUGACAAUAUAACCAAAUUCUUUGAGACCGUUAAAAACGAAAUCAAAUUCAAUAUGUUGGAAACCAAUACCGUACUGGAUAUUUUACAAAUUGAAAAACCAGAUUUAGCUGAUAAUAAGGUGGAAUUCAAUUCAAAUAUUGGACGCAGAAUACGUGAUUUUCUAAUAAUUAAAAAUUUAAUUGAAGAAUUUGAACGUAUUCUGCAAUUGGUGCAAAAUUAUUGUGAAAAUAACCGUUCGGAAUAAUUUUGAAAUGCGGAGAAAAGUCAAUACAAAUUAGUAAGGAAGACAAGUAAAUACCGAAGGCAGAUUAAACUAAUGUUGGACAAAAUAAUGGACACAAGUUUGAAUUGGCCUAAAACUUAAACAACUUAUUAGAUAAAUCUCAUUAACUUAUAAGAAUGUUUGAUGUUAAAAAUUAAUCAUUAAACAGACAUACACACAUUUGAAAAAGAAAAAAACUCAUAGAUUCAUAAAUGUUCAUAAAUACUCAUCUUUAAACUUAUUACAAAUAUUAUUGACAUGAAUUUAUUUAAAUAAAUAUAUUUAUUAAUUUAUUUACACAUAGACAAAUUCAUUAUUCAUCUGUAGCAAAAAGAAAAAAAUGAAAAUAAAUUUAUAAGAAUAA